AUGCCGAGCCAGGCUUACACGCAUUCGCAGAUCGCUCGUAUUUUGUUGGCUAUGUCUACCGGCCUCCAGCUUCGCCUUCGGCAAGAAGCACCUUCUGUGCUCGCAGACGGGUCAGGUUGCAGGCAAGGGCGCUGCCUGCCUCAAGUCGCGGCUAUUGUGGACGACAUGACCUCGACGAUCCUCGGCGAGAUCUUCAACCUCGUCUCGUACCGUCACCCUCCGGCGUCCCACUUAUCUAGAAGCUGGGCUUCUUCGGUUGGCUGGACAGUCGUAGUUGUAUCGCUCUCGGAUCUCUCCCUGUCCGUUCGGCACCUCCGUGCCGACACGCCAUUUGCAUUGCGCAUGCCCACAGGGUAUAAGCCCACAGGGGGACACUCCAGGCCAGAUGUCGCAAAAGAUGCCCUCGCACCUGGCUUCCUCACGUCUUCGGUCGCCGCGCAGUUCGAGUACUGGUUCGCGUACUUCCUCAUCACCGUCGGUGCGCCUCUUGCCGAUCCAGCGCCGCUCCGCGUCCGACUGGAAGCGUAUGGUGCUACACUGUCUUUCGCAGCCACAAGCUUCAUCGUCAUCUACAUCGAGAUCACGAUCCUUCAGCACUCCAAGAUUGACUCGGCGGAGCUCAAGUCAUCGGGAGGGGGGCCUGGCAUCGUCACUGCGUACAACUUGUCGGUGACCCCGGUCAACUAUUACUCCGAAACGCCUGGACAUAUAUAUGGCAACAACGCAGAGCGCUACCGAGUACACUCCGCCAUUGAGCGAAAGGAGGUGGUAUACGUAUGGAGUGGCCUAGUGUAUUUACGCUGCCAACCAAGUCCGACAGUCGCAACACUGACGAACAAUGACAAACAGAACGUAAGGGCGCAGAUGGACUUGACAAACAACAAGGUGAUCCUCACUCAUGCCAUACUGAAUCCUACCGACGUACCCGGAGACGAUGGCUUCCACCUCGAAGUCAUGGCUCACAUUCGUCGUCGCAUCGAAGUAGACAACGAGGUCACAGACAUCAUCACGCCAACAGAUUCAACAAAGGAGUUUAGCGUGCAGAUAUUUCAAGGUCCCAGCGCGGGGGCCAGUGGCGACACGAGCAAUGAGGUGCAAGAAACCAGGGAUGAUGGGAGUAGCAGUACGGCAGUUGAAGCCAAUGAGGGUGGAGGGAACCAACACUCCGAUACUGAAGCAGACGAGACCACGGCCCCGAUGGACCCAAACAAUCGCAAGCAUGAUUUCGCACUGUGGGAGCUGCUUUCCCCGGCCAUUUUCUCUCACUUGACCAACCACCCCGAGCAGUUUGAAGGAGCGAAUGAAGUAUACGUUGUACGAGUGCCAUACCGAGUCGCAGGCUGCAUAACCAUCCGCUUCUUCGUCCGCUUGAAGGAUGCCAACGCCGGUAUAAGCGCCUACCUAACAACCCCUCCUCUUGCCUUCGUCACCACUCACGGAUUACGCCUCACGGUGCUGAACGGCUCUGUGAACGUCGUCCUCCUCCUCGUCAGUCAGUAUCAUAACGACUUCGAACACGCCUUUGCUUUCCCUCUGCGAUGCAGACUCGAUCCAUGCACCGACGAGGGCCACGGACCGUCGCGUCGCGAGUCGUGGGGGCGCACCGAUCACCUCCUGGCAAAAGCCAUCCCGCACAAAACAUUGAGCAAGGCAAGUGCAAGAGAAGUGUCCGAUGCUGCGGAGCCUGCUGACGAAGACUUGCCAUCAUCUGCCAGUGCUUCGAAAAGACGCAGAAUAUUUGGCGACAUCUCUCAGAUCAGUCUCGUUCUCGCUACGAAAACUGCUGCAACGGCUCCUCCAUCGGCACCCCUUCGUAGGUCAUUGCGACUCGCCGAAGCCACCGAUAAUUCGCACCUUUCUCACCGUGGCGCAACCCUUGUCUCCGAACUUGGCGAAGUGCCGGUCCUAAAGCAAGUAAGUGAUCUUAGGCGCGACAGGAAGGUGCUCGAGAAUGAAACUCAACGGACACGUUCUGCGCUGGAAAAGCGCAAGACCGCCGUGCAACAGGAGAAGGAGGAGAUCUUGAAGGCUCGAAUGAAGAAGAAUGCUGCCAUCGAAGAAAGGGAACGUGCUGUCCGAGAGCGCGAGCUCAUGUGUCAGGCGCAGGAAGCUCAGCUGGAGGCACGAAGGUUGGGGCUGGAAAAGCGGGAACAGGAAGCAAUGGACAAUUCUAUCAUUUCCAAGAAGCGGGAUGAGGUGGCUUUAGCGGAACUUACGGAACGGUGGGAAUGUGCACUGUACGCCAUCUCAUGA